CCUAGCUCAGGUACCAGAUAAACGUUGCGGGCGUGGGGAUGCAGCAAUCAAUCCCAGCGCUAAAAGCCUUGGGGGACGCACACCGCGAUAACAGGUUUUGGGGGAGCGAGCGAGCGGCGAGAAUCAUCGUUUGCUUGGUGCGCGCAAUUCGAAGACCUCUUCUCCCGCUGCCGCAAAGAAGAAGGAAAGAAAGAAAAAGACUCCAGCCGUCGCGAUCGCGUGGGUUGAGCGGGAAGGAAGACACGGAAAGGUAAGGACUCGCCGGUAUGGUAUGUACUUUACGGUAUCAUACGUAUCAUACGAGGCUCAGACGUUGCACCGAGUUCAUCUCCGAGCCUAUCCUCCUUCUCACCUUCUCGCCAUCUCGCCUUCCAUUCCACCGGCCCCAACCCACCAACCAUGAUGGAAUGCAGCUGCAAGUCACAUAAACGAGGGGAAGGCUUCGAAAUUCGAAUCAAUCCGACCCACUCUGCCCGCCUAACUAAUUCCUACGAUGCGGCUCGCACUUCGUCGCAGAGGGGGACUGCUUUCCCGUCUGCAGGUCGGAGCUGGGAUAAACGAUGUUCCACUUCCCUCCCCUUUCCCGCACCUCCCGGAAGCUUCGCGUGCGCCGUGUGUGCGUCGUCCACCGCGGCGCGUCGUCGUCGCCAGGAAGCGAGCGAGCUGGAGCACUUAUCUACAGACUCGCUUCGACCACUCCCCGAGGAGGAGGAGAAGAAGGAGGAGGAGGGCCGGACUCGCCGGAGGUCGACUGCAUCGCUAGCAGCUAGAGUAGCGGGAUGGAAGCAACGCCGAGAUCGGAUGGGGUAUGUCUUCCGGCGGUCAGGUUGGGUUGGGUUUGGCUGUGGUUGUACUUUCCCUUCAGGCGGGAAAAGAAGAGACCGGAGCGCGACGCUGUUGCCGCCGCUGGUGUUCGUCUCGCGCUCGCCUACAACAGCAACAGCAACAACAAAAACAAAAGAACAAACCCUUGCACACCGAUAUCAACUUCGCGAUCUCUUGACACCAUCCAACAUCCUAUGAUAGGAAACCCCCGCGAGUGCUGCGCGGUGGAAAGAUUGCAUAGAUUGGCAUGCCAAGCGCAAAGGACGUUCGUCGUCACGAUGAUAUCGAAUCUUGAUUCUGCCU